GUUCAAUCCCACAGUCCUCCUCAGUCGAGGUGUGGAGUCUAACUGUGGAGGUAACUAAUCAGUGAGUUUUGUACACAUUUUAUUGAUCACCUGUCUGAAUCAUGGCUCAAGAGGACAAAGUGAAAAAGGUGAAGGUGAAAAAAGCCAAAGAAAGCGUGCAGAGUGAUGACUUUUCCAGCAGAGAUGCACACCUGAAAGUCAAGAAGGUGAAAACCAAAAGCACGGACAAGUCCCAGCAGGGGCAGAAGGCCUCAGAGGAGCACAAGGUCAAGAGUCCGAAAAAGGAGAGUACAGAAUUUGAAAUUGCUAACGGCGAAAGGUUUAAAGAGGAUGCCGAUAAGGGUGACUUCAAGCCAGAGAAGAAAGGCAAGAAAAGGAAAAGAAAGCUGGAGUCAGUUGAUCUGUCUAGCUCUCCCUCACUUUCCCUGCCCAAGAAGAAGGAAAAAGGCCCAUAUGAGGGUGAAGCAGGCUCUCGUCCGCAGAAAAAGAAGAGAAAGACGGAAGCGGGAGAUAAGAAGGUGAAAGAAGAAGAAGAUGAUCAACCCAUCACAGCAAAGAAGAAGAAGAAGACAAAGGAGGAGAUUGAAGCAGCCAGGGCGCUUAAGAUUAAGAAGAAAGAGGAAGAGGAGCAGCAGCGUUGGCGUUGGUGGGAGGAGGAGAAAUAUGAAGACGGUAUCAAGUGGAAGUUUUUGGAACACAAGGGGCCUUAUUUCCCUCCCGAGUACCAGCCGCUCCCAGACAACAUCAAGUUCUACUAUGAUGGCAAGCCUGUAAAGCUGAGCUUGGCGGCUGAGGAAGUGGCUUUGUUCUUUGCUCAGAUGCUGGAUCACGAGUACACCACUAAAGAUGUGUUUCGAGACAACUUCUUCAAAGAUUGGAGGAAGGAGAUGACGCUGGAGGAGCGGAUGCUGAUCACUGAUCUCAAUAAGUGUGACUUUGGAGAACUGCAUGGCAUGCACAGGGAGAAGGUGGAGGCAAGGAAGAACAUGAGCAAAGAAGAAAAACUGGUUAUUAAAGAGGCCAAUCAGAAGAUUCUGGAGGAGUACGGCUACUGUAUGUUGGACCACCAUCGGGAGCGCAUCGGCAACUUUAAGAUUGAGCCUCCGGGAUUGUUCAGAGGCCGAGGAGAACAUCCUAAACAGGGCAUGCUGAAGAAGAGGAUCCAGCCGGAAGACGUUAUCAUCAACUGCAGCCGUCACUCCCGUAUCCCAGAGCCCCCUGCUGGUCACCACUGGAAAGAGGUACGACAUGACAACACUGUGACCUGGCUGGCCAGCUGGACCGAGAACGUCCAGGGUUCCUGCAAAUACAUCAUGCUGAACGCAAACUCCAAACUCAAAGGAGAAAAGGACUGGGAGAAAUACGAAGUGGCUCGCAAGCUGAAGACGUGUGUAGAUGCGAUCCGAGCCCAGUAUCAGGAGGACCUGAAGUCCAAAUUGAUGGGCACACGCCAGAGAGCUGUAGCCCUCUAUUUCAUUGACAAGCUGGCUCUGAGAGCAGGUAAUGAAAAGGAAGAGGGGGAGACGGCGGACACGGUGGGUUGCUGCUCUCUGCGUGUCGAGCACAUUACCUUACACGACACACUCGAUGGAGAGAAAUGUGUGGUGGAGUUUGACUUCCUGGGUAAAGAUUGCAUCCGUUACUACAACAAGGUUCCUGUCUCGAAAAGGGUUUUCAAAAACCUCAAGCUUUUUAUGCAAAACAAGCAAGAAGGAGAUGACCUGUUUGAUCAAUUAAAUACGGCGAUGUUGAAUAAGCAUCUGAGUUCUCUGAUGCCUGGUCUUACCGCGAAGGUUUUUAGGACCUACAACGCCUCCAUGACACUGCAGCAGCAGCUCAAAGAGCUCAGCAAUCCUUUAGAUAAUGCGGCAGAGAAGCUGCUGUCCUAUAACAGAGCGAACCGUGCGGUUGCAGUUCUCUGUAACCAUCAGCGGGCGCCGCCAAAGACCUUCGAGCAGUCCAUGGCCAACCUGCAGGCUAAGAUUGAGAGUAGGAAGGAACAGCUAGCACUUGCUAAAAAGGAGCUGAAACAAGCCAAGAAGGAAGCCAAAGGGAGCUCAGACAGCAAACUUCUGGCUGUGGUGGAGAAGAAGAAGAAGGCAGUGCAACGAUGUGAAGAGCAGCUGCUCAGGAUGGAGGUUCAGGCGACGGACCGGGAAGAGAACAAGCAGAUAGCCCUGGGCACCUCCAAACUAAACUACCUGGAUCCACGCAUCAGUGUGGCCUGGUGUAAGAACAUGGAGGUGUCACUUGAUAAGAUUUACAACAAGACUCAGAGGGAUAAGUUUGCCUGGGCCAUCGACAUGACUGAGCUGGACUUUAAGUUUUAACACCAUGCUGUGCAUUUAUAGUUCCGGUUAAACCUUACCGUUAAGUUUUUAUAAAAGCACUUCUAGAUGAAUAUUUUAGCAUAAAUUGUUACUUUUAAAAUGCUGUAAGUUUAUUCUGUUCUUUUAAUUAAAUUUAAGCAACAUAUACAUUUUUUUCUACUAGAACCUUCAUUAAACAGUUGCAUGUUUCAUA